UCCUGCUCCUCCUCAGACCCCACCCACGUGCGUGGUCCAUGGCGUCUGUAGCGGCGGCGUCGUUCGCGGCGCGGAGAGCCGCUCUGGCGACGGCUCUCCGAGCUCGGUCGCCUCGUCGCCUCCUCCUCCUCCCGCUCCUCGCGCCGCCCUGCCGGGGUCUGGCGCUGAGAGCGACGCUCGGUGGAGGAUGGAGCAGGGGUGGCGACGGUGGCCGCGGUGGUGGGCAAGGAGGCUGGGGCCGCGGCUCAGGGUGGCUGCUGGGCGCCGCGUGCUCGGCGCUGACGCUGCUGGGAGCGGGCGCCGCGUGGAGGCUGCAGGGCGCCGCGCGGGCCGAGCCGGAGGAGAGCGAGGGUGCGCCGAAGCUGACCCUGUACCAGUACCAGACGUGCCCGUUCUGCAGCAAGGUGCGUGCCUUCCUGGACUACCACGGCCUGCCCUACCGCCUGGUGGAGGUGAACCCGGUGAUGCGUCACGAGAUCGCCUUCUCCUCCUACCGCAAGGUGCCCAUCGUCAUCGUCGCCGACGCCGGUGGCUCCGACAGCCCUGUGCAACUCAACGACUCCUCGUACAUUAUCAGCAUCCUCAAGACCCUCCUCAUCUCCAAGGGCAGCGGCCGGGGCCUGGAGGAGGUGCUGACACUGUACCCGGAAGUGCGUCACGAGGACGAGCGGGGCAAGGAGGUGGUGGAGCACGGCAACAAGUACUGGGUGAUGCUGCCUGAGGGGGUGGAUGUCACGCACUUCUACGCCAGCGAGAAGGCCCGCCAGGAAGAGACGAAGUGGCGGCGCUGGGUGGACAACCACCUCGUCCACCUCAUCUCGCCCAACGUGUACCGCUCUCCGCGCGAGGCACUGGCGUCGUUCGACUACAUCGUGCGCGUGGGGAAGUUCGGCUCCGUGGAGGGCGUCUUCGCCAAGUACUGCGGCGCCGCCGCCAUGUUCCUCGUGAGCAAGCGGCUCAAGCGAAAGCACCACAUGCAGGAGGAUGUGCGCCAGGACCUGUACCAGGCCGCCAACGAGUGGGUUCGCGCCCUGGGGAAGGAGCGCCCCUUCAUGGGUGGACAGAGCCCCAACCUCGCCGACCUGGCCGUGUUCGGCGUUCUGCGCGUCAUGGAGGGCCUGCAGGCGUUCGACGACGUCAUGGCCAACACGAAGCUGGGGCCGUGGUACGAGCGCACGCAGCAGGCCAUCGGGCAGCAGCGGGGACGCGCGUGACGCACGUGACGCGCGGCGCCACUGCCGCCGCCGCUGCCGCCACCGCAGACGCCGCCGCUUCUCCUGCUGCGUUUCCACGGCCAGUCUGCAACCGGGACCCAAGCCGCGUGGCCCGGGCCAUUGUUGGACCGGGCCCGGCAAGGCCCAUUCCCUCUUCCCAUGCUUCCAAGAGCCACUCGCCUCCACGGCCUCGAUCCCGAGCGCGUGCGAGAGAGCUUGUUUACCCUUUCCCAUUCCGUUGACGUACGCAUACGUCACCGGAACGGUACCGGAAGAAAUGCUCGAAUAAAAUAACUUUAUCGGUACCGAGGCUCCCGCAUGGCCACGCCGGGGAGAGGCGUGUGGCACAUUUUGGCGCCAGCUGUUGCAGAGUGCGGCGGGCGUGUCGCUACGGUUCUCUGCGGCGGUGAGUGCAGCGGCGCUACGCCUCUCUAAAUAAAAACUAACGCCGAACCGCUCGCGUGUUCCGAGAUUCUCCGGUGAACGGGACCCCCGCCCUGUAAAGGUUGCAGACGUCUCGGAACGGGGAAAGGGUUCGGAUAAAAGCCGCCGCUGCGAGGGCUGCCGGCAGUUAGCGUGACGGUGGUCGAUAGCUCUUUGACGAGAUCAGCCAAGGGAUGGUGGUUGUUCGUUUGCAGCAAGCACUUUGUGUGUUAACUAGCGCGACCUGGUAACAACGCCGCUGUGUUCGCUCGGCAAUCGGAAGCCAAUGCGGUUCGGCGAGCACCGGACGGACACGCUCGGGUCUUUCUCUCAACCCCGUGUGUGCGGCAGGAAGGGCUGCCCAUCGCUCCACUGCGCCCACGUUUGCACCAACAUUUUUAGACUCGCCUAAACAUUUUGAAGGGGGCGGCGGCGGCGGCGUGCACUCCACCAGCCAAACCCUAAUGCUUCAAGGCAGCUACGGAGGUUGCGUUGAAGCCCGACACGCAUGCGGCGGUAGUGACGGCUUUCCGUGCAUGCCGGCCGUGUUGUGACCGGGCGUGCCUGGGGGGGUUGGGGGGGGGGGGCAGCCCCCCCUGUCGUUUGCCGCUCGUAGACGCGGCCUGCAGACUCGUUCGCUAAAUAAAAUGAUACAGAGAGUUUA